AUGUCGUUUGCGGGAAGACGCCGGGGAAACAAAGUCAAAAAGGGCGUUCAGUUUACGCUCAUGGUCGUCGGUGCUUCUGGCACUGGGCGUACCACUUUCGUGAAUACCCUCUGCGAAUCCGAAGUUUUGGCCCACAAGGUCUCUGACAACCCAGAGACUGCUCAUGUUGAAGAGGGUAUUCGAAUCAAGCCCGUCAACGUUGAACUUGAAGAGGAUGGCGUCCGCAUCGCUCUUACCAUUGUUGACACCCCUGGAUUUGGCGACAACAUCGACAACGAAUUUGCGUUCCAGGAGAUUGUUGGAUACCUCGAACGCCAAUACGAUGACAUUUUGGCCGAAGAAUCUCGCAUUAAACGUAACCCGCGCUUCAGGGACAACAGGGUUCAUGCGUUGUUGUACUUCAUCCCUCCCACUGGACACGCUCUGCGAGAGAUGGAUAUCGAGCUGAUGCGUCGCCUUUCACCACGUGCGAACGUCAUUCCCGUCGUAGGUAAGGCGGAUUCUUUGACUCCGUCUGAACUCCGAGGGUUCAAGAAGCGGAUCAUGGAGGACAUCGAACAUUAUGAUAUCCCUGUUUACAACUUCCCUUUCGACAUCGAAGAAGAUGACGAAGAUACCAUUCAGGACAACAGCGAACUGCGCGCCCUUCUACCGUUUGCUGUUAUCGGUUCGGAAGAGGAGAUCGAGAUCGACGGUCAACCUGUUCGCGCCCGUAUUUAUCCUUGGGGAAUUGCGGAAGUCGAUAACCCGAGACAUUCCGACUUCAGCAGGUUAAGGAGUGCUCUUUUGAAUUCUCACCUUGCGGAUCUCAAGUCUUUGACCCAUGACGUCCUCUAUGAAACCUAUCGUACAGAAAAGCUUUCCAGGACCGUCCAUGCAGAAACGAACGACUCGUCCAUCUUGCCGGAAGAGCUCGCGUCUCAAAGUGUGCGUCUCAAGGAGGAGCAACUACGCCGGGAGGAAGAAAAAGUGAAUUUGCGCGAGAUUGAGCUUAAGGUCCAGAGAGAAAUCAAUGAAAAGAGGCAAGAGCUACUCGCCAAGGAAGAAUCUUUGCGCAACUUGGAAAGUCGACUCGCCGCGCAAGGAUCUCAAUCAGAAUUCCGAGAGUAG